GUUUCAGUGAGGACUGUGGGAAAGGAGCGUGCCAUCGGAGGCAGAAGAGGAAUGUCUGUCUGUCUGUGUCCAUGUCUCUGCUCUGUUCCCGGCUUCAUUCCUACAAAAAGCGUCAAUGUCCCGCCUGGUGUUCUACCUCUGGAUUUAAGUCAGCUGGAUUACCGCUUGGACUCUCAGCUCAUUAUUCCAUGCUGCCUCAUUUAAAUGGGAGGCAAAGUUGGACUUGCGAGGACUGCACAUAUGGUGACAAACAGUUUGAUUUUUUUCGCGCUUUUAAGAGAUUCCUAGCAUUCAAAAUGAUUUCACUUUCUUUCAGUAUAAGUGUUUUUAUAUGUAAAGUAUUUUGAGCUUGGUGUUGUCUAGUCAAAGUAGUUAUUUUCGCAAUAUAAUAUUUUGAACUUGGCUGUUGAGGUGCAUUUUAAUGGGAAAGAUGAGUGGGGAAGAGGGGUAGAAAUAUGUCUCUAUCUUCACCUUUUCAAAAGUCAGUCACUCUAACCUUGGUCUUUCUGUUAUUGGUAAAACGGAAAAUGUGACUGUGGCACUAUUUCAUGUGCUCUGUUAGUGUCAAAGUUGAUUUUUUUCAUCAGUGGAGGCUUUACAUUGGACUGCAGGUGAACUUGCAUCUCUUCCAGUUCUUUCUCUCCAAGGGAGCCCUCAAACUAAACUCUUCCCUGUUAACCCACUUAGACGCCUGAUCUCCCCUGUGGGGGCUUCUCUUAACCGCCCGUCCUACUCUAGUUUUUUGAGGAACGCAAAAAGACAAACCAGAAAAGGGGGGUACUGCAAAGAAAGACACCCCCCUCCUAAAGGUGAGAGGGGGGGGGGAAGAUGGCAGCUCUCGCCAGCUCUCUCAUUAGACAGAAACGGGCGGUCAAGGAGGAACAAGGCAACCGACCGGUAGCCAGCAAGCGCAAGCCCUGUCCUAAGAGCAACAAGUCCUUGUGCCAGAAACAGAUCCUGGUCCUGAUCUCCAAAGUACGACUAUGCGGGGGUCGAAAAAGUCGAAACGAGAAAAGACCGGAGCCACAGCUGAAAGGCAUCGUUACUCGGUUAUACAGCCAACAUGGAUACUACCUGCAGAUGCAGCCUGACGGCACCAUGGACAGCACAAGAGAUGAAAGCAGCUCAUUUUCACAGUUCAAUUUAAUACCGGUGGGACUGCGUAUUGUGGCAAUCCAGGGGGCUAAAACGGGAUUAUACCUUGCCAUGAAUAGUGAAGGAUACCUCUAUACCUCGGAGCACUUCACCCCGGAGUGUAAGUUCAAGGAGAGCGUGUUUGAGAACUACUACGUUACAUACUCCUCCAUGCUCUAUCGCCAGACCCAGUCUGGUCGCUCCUGGUAUAUCGGUAUCAACCGCGACGGCCAGGUCAUGAAGGGCAACCGGGUAAAAAAGACCAAAGGAGCUGCACACUUCCUGCCUAAAGUUAUAGAGGCUUCUAUCUUUGUCACACAGUUGCAAUGUAUAAGGAGCCGUCGCUACACGAGCUCGCCGCUGAACCGGUGAGUCCUCCUCGGAAGACAGUGAAGACGUCAGAUUCGCCGUCCCUGAAGAAUGGACGGAAAGAAGCUCCCAAGGCUGAUGCAUCAUAGCACAGGAGACCGAGGGCGGGACAAAGGGGCAGCAGUGACACUGGGAACACAGUCGCCCAUUAUGCACUGAGGGUGGCUGUGGGAACGGCCUCACCGGCCACCAUAUUCCAGAAGUGCACUACAUGGUGCUGAGUGAUAAAAGGUCAGCACUCCAUCCAGUAGCCAAGAAGGCCUGAGAGAAAAGUCGUCCCGUCCCUGUCCCCGCAGAAAGGGAGCCCAGGGCUCCUGAGCCAGAACUACCACCCCCCUCCCCACUGUUUGUCUCAUAGUGACUUCCUAAUGCACAAUCUCCUUCAUUUCUCUAUCCUGCUCAAGCUUCUUUGUCCCAAUAUCUUUUUCUCACAUGCCUACCAACCGUCUGCUCUAUUGUACAGUAUAUUCACCACUCACGCAAUUCCAGCGCUGACUCGGCAUCCCAAUUCCCACCCAUGGGCCCCCUCUUGAGCCCUAAAGUUGGUGACAGCGAGGCUCAGCCAGCUUUCCACUCACCAUCUGCCGACCAGCUAUGCUAAUCACAGAGGGCAACAAAAGCUCAAAGUGGGAUGAAACAGCUCAGAGAGGAAAGAUAUCCGCAGGGAUCCUGGAUCGGCUCAGGUCAUCUGAGCGAGAUGAGUGAGUGUGAAAGUGUGUGGACAAAAUAACAGCUGCAUUUAAAAAGGGAGUUUAUGGCAUUAAAACAUUUUGGUUUUUGUUUUUCUUGCUUGAAUAUUUCAACCAAUCCGGGGAUAAAAAUGGCAAUUCAUGCCAGCCCAGAUGGAAAUGGGCCGUGGCACAAACAAUCGGGCUGCAGAUGAUGAUUAAUAUGAGAGCAAUGCUCAAAACAUACGAUCAAAAUGAUUGCAAAGCGAGGAUGAUGAUGGUGAUGAUGAUAAUUUUCAAAAUGAAUGGUGAUGCUCAUGGUACUGACAAGAUCAGGAUUUCAGAAUGCAUGUGCAUAAAGCUUAAAAGAGAGGCCCUGAUUGAAUAAGUGUCAUUUAAAAAAAUAAAAAAUAAAGUCCCUAUUCUUCCUGGGAAAGGUGAGCCAUAAAAUAGAAUAGUAACCAUAGUUUUACUCCGGACUCUUAAACACCUGAGCAAUAUUUGUACAAAUAAGCCAGAAAACCAUUCUGAGUGAAGAAAAAAAGAAAACAAGUGUGUGCGUGUCGUGUGUGUGUGAGAGAGAGAGAGAAUGAAUUUUCAGCCUCCCUUCACUACCAGGUGAUCAUGUGUUAUUAUUGCACUAUCGAUGGUGGAUCUGAACUCAUUCACCUGAAAAAAGAAACCAUAGUGUUUACUUCACUCAGCAUCUGCUGUCAACAUAAAGCCAGGUUUGAAGCCGAACAUCAAAGCCGGUGGAGCCUCUGAGCUGGAGCACUUGUUAUUCUGACAAUGUCUGGCAGCUUAUCCACUCACUCGCUUUAUCAAAUCACCUUGGAAAGAAUCGCCCUCAAAAAUGUAGUGUGUCUGGGUGAAUGUCUCGGUGUGAUUGCGUUUUAACCCCGGUGUGUGGAUGUCUUCUACAGUGUGGACGCACUGUGUGUGAAUGAAUGCCAGUACAGAGGAUAGAUGGAAAUACUUUGAGUAAACUCAACCAUGUCAUUCAGACAGGGCACGACAUUGUGUCUUUGAUGUGUCUGCGUCUGUGAACAGGUGAUACUUGGGGGAACAUUCUUGUUUUGUAACAUUUUCACUGACAAGUAGUAUACAUUUUAAAACAACAGGAAGGGGGAUAUCUGGGCAAUCUGGAAAUGUCCCCACAAUUUCAGUCAAAGGGAAUUUAUAUGUAUACACCAACAAAUACAGACAGCAGUAAGUCAGGACGAGCAACGCUGGGAGAUGUGGAAGCCACAAGCCUGUAAAGAAAAUGCUCAAUAUAUGGUGGCUAACAACCACAGAUAAUCUCGAGGAGGUUCAAAACAUUGGGAUGGUGUCUAAUUUUAAUGGUAACAUAAUGUGAAGCGGGGGUACAGAAUGUGAAACUGAGGCUUUAAGAAUGUGCUGAAUUGAGGGUGAGAGUAAGUCUGAAAUAGUGUGUUGAAUUGUAAAGGGGUCAGUCCAUGGAGGCAGUUAUUUAGAAAGAGUGAAGGAUUAGCAGGUGUAUUCUUGAGAAAUGUUGAUAAGGAAUUUCUGUGGUAAAGUAAGCAAGAUUCUUGGCAGGGUUUUAUGGGGCAUGUGGAUAUGAUAAUGAAUGUAAGACAAAGUGCCAUGUAAGGCAAUGUGCGCUAUUUAUGACGGGAGGUCUAUGGAGGAAAUUAGUUGGAGAGCUUUGCAUAUUUUUCAAUAAGUCUUUAAUUUUCUGGGCUUUUCCACGGGGAAAUUCAUUCUGUUCAAAUUUGGGUAUUUUGUCCUUGUUAUUUUGGCCGAUUUUGCAUUGCAGUCCUACAAAUCUCUAUUUUUGACAAGCCAAUGUUCCCACUCCCUGGGGAAUUUGGUAUAGUCUAGGAUGGUUUCCCACUGUGCAUUACUAACUACUGUAUGAUGUUAAAGUGUAUGCACAGCCGGCAGUGUCCAGUGUUAUAGGCCUUUCCUAGCUGUCAGUGUUCAUACAGUUUUCAACAUUUGUGGAUUCCAUCUGGCAGCUUCUUAAUGCCAGUUCACAUUUCAAAGUUCUAAAACCGUUCUGUGAAAAAGGAAAGUGUUGGGAGGUUCAAAGCAGUGACUGAGUGACAGCAAGGGAGUCUUCCAAUUAAAAAAAAUUUGAAUUGUCUUUCUGUUACAGUAGGGCUGCAACUCAUAAUUUCAGUAUCAAUCUGCUGAUAGUUCUUUUGGUAAUUUUUUCAACAAAUGGUGAGAAAUGCCUUUUCGUUUCUCUCAUCACAGAUGGACAUCUUCAAAUGUUUUAUUUUGUCCGCCUGGGGGUCAAAAGCCCAUAGAUAUCAAGUUUAGGAUGUUAAAAAACAGAAAACUGUCAAAUCAUCCCAUUCCUCAAGCUACAAAUGGCAAUUUUGUGCUGCAUUUGUGCUUGAAAGAUGACAAAAACAAUUAACAGAUUAUCAAAAUUGUUGGCAAUUAACUUUGUAUCUACUGACUUAUCGACUAAUUGUUGCAACUCUACUUUCUGGUGCAUCAAAGCAGAUAGAAAGUAAGGUAACUGGUAGAAUUAAGCUUCUGCAUGAUUUCAAUGUUCCUUUGUCAUCUUAUGGUGUUUAAAAUCAAAGCGAUCCAAAUCCUCCAUAGAUUUCUUUUCCAAAAAACAACCAGUCCCUAACAUCGACAUACUAAAGAAUGCAACAGGAAGUUGUUUGACUGUGAUACUGCAAGUAGAAAGACAGGAACAGAGAAUGUUAAGUAGUCCAAUGUUGAAUCUGAAGUAUUAGAACGCAAUAGAAUGUAAGACAGAACAGUAAGUUUUUACGCUGAAUGUGAAGUAAAGGAUGUUAAGAGGUUCAGAGACAAGAAAGUGCAAUGAAGGCAACACAAAGUAGGAUUUUGGUCAUGGAGCUGUUCAGUGAAACUAAUUCUGCUCUGGAAUGUAAAAGUUAUAGGAGAAAAAGGUCACGAGAUUGAUAGAAAAAGCAAGCCAUAGAAUAGCAGAGGUAUUAAGAGGAUCUUUGACAUUGUAGUUAUAAGUCAGAAAGUGUUAUGUGGGUUAAGUGUAAUAAGUGUAUCUUGAAAGGCUAACAACGAGGCGUUAACAUGGAA